CCUUCAUCAUCCUCUUGAAACAUCUCAUACGACGAAUGAGUUUGACUUUAUGGCUUUUACACCUUGCAAAUAUUUGACCGCACCAACCCUUCCAUCUGGCUACAACACUUUGCCGUGGCAGCGAUGGCUACCCUAAACCAUCUCCGGAUCAUCAACGCCGUGAACGACACCGCCAAAGAUGAUGCCUUCAGCAGAUUCCCCGAGCUCCCUUUAGAGAUACGACUCAUGAUAUGGAAAUUACUUGUCAAUCAUCAUCGCCUCAUUGACUUGACGGUCGGAUGUAGCCUAGAUAACCACGCCGCCAACCACGUCUACGCUGGCCCUGGUACCCCCCAAGGACCGACAGCAGCGACGCCUUACUUUAUUGAUAUACAAGGCUGGCCGAUAAACAAUCCCAUCCUUUACGCCAAUAGAGAAUCUCGCACGCUUGCACUAGACUUUUAUCGAGUCCAACUACCAUUCUAUCCAAAACUAGCCAAGGAGGACUCCCCGGACAUCCAGGCGAAGCGAGUCUUUUACUUCAGUCCAGAGCACGAUAUCCUGCACAUCAGCACCUAUGGCGAUAGUCACAGCGCCUUAUUCUUUUCAUUCCUUAACGAAGUGCAGCAGCACGAUCCCAAACGCCUUGGUCUUCUUAACUGGGCGGCAGACGAGUGCUUUGUACGUGGGUUUUGCCAUGAGAGGGACUUGCUCGGCACGAGUGUUAAAGAUGCAUUCAUUGGCCAUUUAUCACGCAUACGUGAAGUAUUCCUCAUGAUAAACUGCAAGCGCUCGCUUGACAGCGACCUCAUGGCCAUGCUUGAGAGGAGAGACGAGUUUGCCGUCGAGCUCAACUGCUCCAUGCCUAUCCGCCCCAGCGUGACUUAUUUUCAAGAGAGUAAGCCGGACUCACGGGCGAUUGGGCCAGAUCUACAGAGGCUCAUACUGAACCGGAAUACGCCGCUGGAAUUGUUCAGGUACUGGGCUUGGUUGCAGCAGCAGAUUCCGUGUGCAGGCAGAGUGCGGUUGUUACUGGCGCGGGAUGCUGACCCAAACGGUGCGCCCGUCGACGAUGCGCGCUCAGCACAAGAGCUUGUAACAAACGAGUAUAGAAAGUGGAGGCAACUUGAAUUCACCGGCCGUACCUAUAUUGCGCGGCGCAAGGGGGGGCCUCCGCCGUUGGAGAGACCUGAGGUUCCGCAAGAUGCGGUGCGCCCAGCCAUUGGCUUCUGGUUGUUUCCUGUGGAGGCGCUGCGGAAUAUGCUAGGUAGACUGGAACGUUAUAGAAUAUAUGAUGCAUCAGAGUACCACCCAGAGCUGGUCUUGGCAGAGUUGGAGGGCUGCCGUCGCAGAUGAAGACAAAACGGGAGCUAACAUAUUUUGUCAUAGCGAAUUGAAGGUUAUACAAGUUGUGAUUGAUUUAUUUCUAGUAGAGAGAG